AUGUCAACCGAAUACAAAUUCAACACCAAAGGUGGUAAAACCGCUUUUAAGGAUUAUACUGAAAAAUUUGCUCAUAUUGAAGAUCCAAUUGAAAGAAGAAGAUUGGCUUUAGAAGAAAUUGAUAAAGCUGGAUUCGGAUGGACUCAAAUUAAGAUGAUUUUAAUCGCUGGGGUCGGUUUCAUGACUGAUUCUUAUGAUAUUUUCGCUAUUAACUUGGGUUCCAGUAUGAUGGCUUAUGUUUAUUGGGGUGGUUCUAUUCCAGAUUCUACCACUACUUUAAUUAAAGUUUCUACUUCUGUUGGUACUGUUAUUGGUCAAGUCGGUUUUGGUUUCUUAGGUGAUUACGUUGGUAGAAAACAAGUUUAUGGUAUUGAAUUAAUUAUUAUUAUUUGUGCUACUAUUGUUCAAUGUUGUUUAGGUGCUUCUCCAGCUGUUAAUUUUGUUGCUAUCUUUGUUUGUUGUAGGAUUGUUAUGGGUAUUGGUAUUGGUGGAGAUUAUCCAUUAUCAUCAAUUAUCUCAUCAGAAUUUUCAACUACCAAAUGGAGAGGUGCUAUUAUGGCUGCCGUUUUCUCUAAUCAAGGUUUAGGUCAAUUAUUAGGUGGUAUUGUUGCCAUGAUUUCAGUUGCUGGUUAUAAAGAUUCAUUAAUCGGUGCUAAAACUGCUGCUGAAUGUGGUCCAGCUUGUAUGAAAGCUUGUGAUCAAAUGUGGAGAAUUUUAAUUGGUUUUGGUUGUGUUCCAGGUUGUAUUGCUUUAUAUUAUAGAUUAACCAUUGCUCAAUCUCCAAGAUAUCAAUUAGAUGUUAAACAACAUGAUGAUUUAGAAAAAGUUGCUGAAUCCGAAGCUUUAAUUGAUGAUAAUAUGAAAGAUUUAGCUCCUCCAAAAGCCUCAUUCCAUGAUUUCGUUUCCCAUUUCUCUCAAUGGAAAUAUGGUAAAAUUUUAUUAGGUACUGCUGGUUCAUGGUUCUUAUUAGAUGUUGCAUUUUAUGGUUUAGGUUUAAACACUUCCGUCAUUUUACAAACUAUCGGUUAUGCUGGUCAAGAUAACAUUUACGAUAAAUUAUAUAAUAGUGCUGCCGGUAAUUUAAUUAUUAUUUGUGCUGGUUCAUUACCAGGUUAUUGGGUUUCUAUUGCUACUUUAGAUACUUUAGGUAGAAAAUGGGUUCAAUUCACCACUUUCUUCUUAUUAACUAUCAUUUUCUGUGUUAUUGGUUUUGCUUAUCAUAAAUUAGGACAACAUGGUUUAUUAGCUUUCUACGUUUUAGCUCAAUUUUUCCAAAAUUUCGGUCCAAAUACUACCACUUUCAUUAUUCCUGGUGAAGUUUUCCCAACUAGAUAUAGAUCAACUGCUCAUGGGUUAUCAGCUGCUUCAGGUAAAGUUGGUGCUAUUAUUGCCCAAACUUGUAUUGGUACUUUAAUUAACCAUGGUUGUGCUCCAGAUAAGAAGAAUUGUUUCUUACCUCAUGUUAUGGAAAUUUUUGCUUUAUUCAUGUUAUUAGGUCUUUUCACUACUUUAUUAAUUCCUGAAACUAAGAGAAUGACUUUAGAAGAAAUUUGUGAAAAAUACCAUGAUGAAAUUGAUACUACCAAAUUAGGUAGAGACAGAUAUGUUGAAGAACAUGUUGAUGGUAGUUCAUCUGAUCCAAAAGAAACUGUUUAA